GAUGCCAGGGAUGCAGAACAGUUGAAUAAGAAUAAAGUGACACACAUUCUGUCAGUCCAUGACAGUGCCAGACCUAUGUUGGAGGGAGUUAAAUACCUGUGCAUCCUAGCAGCAGAUUCACCGUCUCAAAACCUGACGAGACAUUUCAAAGAAAGUAUAAAGUUCAUCCACGAGUGCCGGCUGAAAGGGGAGAGCUGUCUUGUGCACUGCCUGGCUGGCGUCUCCAGGAGUGUGACACUGGUCACUGCGUACGUCAUGACCGUGACUGACUUUGGCUGGGAAGACGCACUGCACACUGUACGCGCAGGUCGGUCCUGUGCCAACCCCAACCUCGGCUUCCAGAGACAGCUCCAGGAGUUUGAGAAGAAUGAAGUCCACCAGUACCGACAGUGGCUGAAGGAAGAAUACGGAGAGAGCCCUUUGCAGGAUGCUGAAGAAGCCAAAACCAUUCUGGCCACUCCUGGGAUUCUGAAAUAUUUGGACUUCCUCCGAAGAGUGUAA